AUGGCCUCGGGCCAACCAUUCGCGUCGCGCUCGUACGCCGGCACAAAAAUCCCAGACCGAUCCGUCAACGCAAAUGCCAUGCCCCUCAGCGCUUCUUCAUUCUCUCGGCACCGUCACGGUGUCCUAGGUGCUUCUGCGCCUAACGAGUUUGGAGCCGGUGAGCCCCAGAAGCAAAAUCAGCAAGCUGGAAAUACACCUGCUAUAGCGCAAAGCCACGGCCCAGCGCAGGAUAGUAAUCCUCUGAACCGGUUGACCGAGGAGCAACGCGAGGAGAUUACCGAAGCUUUCACUCUCUUCGACCUCGACCGCGAUCGCCACCUAGAUUACCACGAGCUCCGCGUAGCUUUCCGCGCCCUAGGCUUCACACUCCCAAAGCAAGAACUCAUUUCCCUCUUAACAAUGUACGGUGUCCCCCGCCCACAAGUCCAACAACAACAAGCGCAGAACAACCACAAUGCUGCGAGCCAAAGCUCCAAGGGCGGAAACCCACAACACCCCUCCAAUCUCCUCAUGCCUCUAUCGUCAUUCCAGGCCACAACCGCGCUGAAGAUUUUAGAGCGAGAUCCCCGCGACGAGAUUCUUCGGGCCUUUGAGCUGUUUGAUGAUGGACAGAAGGGAUUUAUUGAUCUUGAAGAUUUGAGGAGGGUUGCGAGGGAGUUGGGUGAGACAGGACUGGAGGAGGAGGAACUUAGGGCUAUGAUUGAGGAGUUUGAUCUUGAUGGAACCGGGGGUGUUAGUCGUGAUGCUUUUGUGGGGAUUUGUUGGCAGUAA